UUCGACGAGAGCAGACCAAGUCACAAUAUAUCACCAUGGAACGGAGUCAUCUGUAUUUGCCUAACCUGAGCUACGCGGCCAUGGGUCACGUAUACGCCCCGUAUCACGGAAGCAGUUCAACCGCUUCGGCAACAUCAUCGAAACCCGAACAUAUCGAGGAGCUAGUGUCCCAGCAACUGCAUCAUCUCAAGAUGCACUACGCCGACGAAGAGCAGCGCUACGUGGACCAGAUGCUGCUGGAGAAUCCCAUUGUUGUGGAACGCCGAGCACCGCCUACGCUGAAAACAGAGAUUGCCGUUGACACCGGAUCAGUUUCUGGAUCCGGUUCCGGAUCGGACAUCAAGGAUGCACAGCGUCAGCGGGCAGAGUCAUGCCGCAAGUCGCGGUACAACAACAAGAUCAAGAAGGCCAAGCUGCGUUUCCGACACAAAUUCGUCAGCGGACAGCUAAAGAAGAGCGCCGUUAUGUUGGACACGAUGCGGGAUGUGAUCGCGCAGGCGGAGAGGCAACUACUCGAACGGGGCUUUCCCGCCGCUGCUAUCGAGCGCAUGCGCACCACCUUCGGCCUGGAAAUGGAGCAGUGAUAUCGCCAAACGAUAUCGUUUAGAAUACCGGAAUACAGUAAUACCGUAAUACCGGAGUAGGAACGGAUCCCUGACUAGUCCAGCAUUAUCCAUACCACAUUUUUUUUUCUUGUUGACUAUAUUUAGUAUUACUCUAAGAAUAUUAUUAAAUUUUUAAAUAAAAU